AUGAAGGUCUCAGUUGUUCUACUGACUGCCAUCACCUUUCUAGCAUGUAUGCAUUCGUGUUGUGGAGUUACGGGUGGUCAACAGAAAGUAAGCGGCUUGGAAGAGGGCACUAAAGGGAAUACGGAGCCUGAUAACCUUCCUGGUCAAGAAACGAAUGUGAGCGUGCGCAAAGCAGUACUCAGAAAAUCGUUAAAUGUAACAAGCAGCAGAAACUUCCAAAGAACAACAGAAAAGAGACCAUCAACGGGCAAAGGUCAUGCAACAGGAAAGAUACCAGGGAAGAGCAAAGGUUCUGCAACAGGACCAUGGCAAGGCAAAGGUUCUGCAACAGGACCAUGGCAAGGCAAAGGUUCUGCAACAGGACCAGGGCAAGGCAAAGGUUCUGCAACAGGACAGAGACGAGGGCAGAGCAAAGGUUCUGCAACAGGGCCAGGGCAAGGCAAAGGUUCUGCAACAGGACCAGGGCAAGGCAAAGGUUCUGCAACAGGACCAGGGCAAGGCAAAGGUUCUGCAACAGGACAGAGACGAGGGCAGAGCAAAGGUUCUGUAAAAGGAGAGAGACGAGGGCAGAGCAAAGGUUCUGUAACAGGAGAGAGACCAGGGCAGGGCAAAGGUUCUGUAACAGGAGAGAGACGAGGGCAGAGCAAAGGUUCUGCAAGAGGAAAGAGACGAGGGCAGGGCAAAGGUUCUGCAACAGGAAAGAGACGAGGGCAGGGCAAAGGUUCUGUAAAAGGAGAGAGACGAGGGCAGAGCAAAGGUUCUGUAACAGGAGAGAGACCAGGGCAGGGCAAAGGUUCUGUAACAGGAGAGAGACGAGGGCAGAGCAAAGGUUCUGCAAGAGGAAAGAGACCAGGGCAGAGCAAAGCUUCUGUAACAGGAAAGACACCAUCAACGGACAAAGGUCCUGUAACAGGAAAGGGGCCACCAAAGAGUAAACGUCCUGCAACAGGAAAGACAGCAUCAAAGGCGAACUUCCUGCAACAAGAACUAGACGAGGUUGGAUGGCAGCUGGAUUUAAACGACGCCAGCCACAGGAACAAAAGCGUCAACCAAAAGGAGUGCGGACGUUACAAACCUGUACGCUGUGACGUUUAUGUCCAUCAACAACAAAGUGACAGUCUAUCUGAAGCCCACACUGUCGGUCUAAUCAGUCAGAGCACUCUUCUAUACACUGAGAGAGAAACUAAAAUACCCUUAAAACAAUCUGUUAAAGGUGUAAGGGUUUAACUCACUGGACAAUUAUUACAUAUUGAAUGAGACCUGUACAAUUUCAUUCAUGAAUAAAUUCUGAUUCCUGCA